AUGGCUGGUCGAAGGAACAAUGGUGAUAUAGGUGGUCAGAACAACCAGUUUCUAGAGGGACUUACUGCACUUCUAUGGGAGCAGAAUCGUAUCGAUGGGAAACAGAUUCAGCAACUAUUGCAGGCUAGGGAACAGGAGAGCACACCUAGACGUCCUACACCUAGUGCGCACCCGGUCUACAGGCAAUUUCGGGAGCUAGGACCGACGGAGUUUAAAGGCACCACAGAUCCGAUCGUUGUAGAAGGAUGGAUUCGAGCUCUAGAGAGGAUUUAUGAUUUCAUGCAACUCACGGAUACGGAUAAGGUCAGGUGCGCAAUAUUUAUGUUGCGAGAUGAUGCACGGGUAUGGUGGGAAGGUGCACGAUUGACAGUGGAUUUUUCUACGUUGACAUGGGCUGAUUUAAAGGAGGGAGAUCUGACGGUGGCAGAGUAUGUCAGAAGGUUCGAGAGGGGACGCUACUUCGUACCCAUGAUUGUCAGCCAACCAAUUGAGAAGUUGAAGCACUUCACUAAAGGAUUGAGAGCUGUCAUUCGCCAUGACGUCAGACUAAGCCGAGUCACCACAUUCAGGGAGACAGUUGACCAGGCACUGAUGUCUGAAAGUGACAGGAACGUCAUGGUCAAGGAAGCCCAAAAUAACAGAUUGAGUUAUCAGGGAAGGGAUCAACAGGAGCCAGCUGAAGGUACUACUUCCAAGGUUGAGAACAAAGUCUGGUGCCCCAAGUGCGAGAAGAUACAUGCUGGACAGUGUCUGACUGGUAUUGAUGUUUGCUAUAUGUGCAAAAAGGCAGGGCAUUUUGCUAGGGACUGUCCUCAGCUCAAGGAGCCAAUCAAAGGAAGGGUAUUUUCCAUGACCCAAGAGCAGGUGGAUUUAGACGCAUCUAUUAUCACAAGUAUGAUUUUUGUUGCCAGUAUACCGGCUCAUGCAUUAAUAGACUCUGGUGCCACUCAUUCAUUUAUAUCUGCGAUUUACAUUGCAAAAUUAGGCAUUACUCCUGAACAAAUGAUUAAGGGAUAUAGUGUUUCUUUGCCUUCUGGGGUGAAAUUAUACAAUAACAGGGUGGUAAGAAACUGUCAGAUAAAGAUGCAAAACUGUAUGGUGAGUGCAGAACUUAUUGUGUUGGAAAUGGUGGAAUUUGAUGUAAUCCUCGGAAUGGAUUGGCUGACUCAGUACGAGGCAGUCAUCGAUUGCAAACAACGGACCGUUAGGUUAAAGCUUCCUACCGAGGAAUUCUUCAUUUUUCAUGCAGUCCCAAGAUCGACCCUUCCUCACAUGAUUUCAAUGUGUAAAGCUCGACGAAUGCUAAACAAGGGGUGUGAGGGCCUCUUAGUCAAUAUCACAAUUAAAUCAGAGACCCAACGACCAAGAUUGGAGGAAGUGGAGGUAGCUCGAGAUUUUUCGGAAGUGUUUCCAGAGGAUGUUGCAGGGCUACCCCCGAUUCGGGAGGUGGAGUUCGGAAUAGAACUAGUACCAGGAACGACGCCGGUGUCAAAAGCGCCAUACCGAUUGGCACCUACUGAAAUUAAAGACUUGAAGGAGCAGUUGCAAGAAUUACUGGGUAAAGGAUUCAUUUGA